AUGUCUACGCACUCCGUCGCUUCGCUCCCGCGUAUAACACGGGAAGAGCUACGCGCCCUCCUCACAUCGCCGCCAGGGUGCUCUUCCACCUCAAACACCGACCCCGCGCCAUCGUCCACAGAUGCAGCCUCCACUUCAACAACCACCCAGCCACCCGCCUCAAUACCUGCUAGAACAGCCCUCCCCUCUCCUGUCCCCUCUAGCAUAGCCAUAAUUGACGUCCGCGACGACGACCACAUCGGCGGCCAUAUCCGCGGCAGCACGCAUGUCCCCUCACAACAACUCGACGUGCGAAUGCCAGAGCUACUCAGACUACACGGCGAUAAAGAGAUGCUGGUAUUCCAUUGUGCAUUGAGUCAGGUCAGAGGGCCGAAGGCGGCGCUCGGGUACCUGCGCGCGCGGGAAGAGAAGAUGGCGAAGAGUCCUAGUGGGGGAAUCAAGGAGGGGCAGAAAGUGUGUGUUUUGCAAGGUGGGUUUGGGGAUUGGCAGAGGAGCUAUGGGAAGGAUGAGAGGGUUACGGAGGCGUUUGAUGAGGAGCUUUGGGAAUUUGGGGGACCUUGA